UCGUGUCUGAGGAAGCUCUGAGGAAGGUUUGGACAGUGUGGGAUUAUUGGGAGGUGUUUCCAGGCUAAAGCAGUGAUGCGAGAGGCUGAGCUCCGCGUCUGGGUGCGCUCUGGAUGCUGAGAGCGGGUCCUGAAGUGGCAGGCUGGGGAGAAGAUGACGGCUGCUCUGAAGGUGGAGAGCAGGAACGCGCUGGACGCUGUGAGAAGAUAUUACCUGUUCCUGUACUACCUGCUCCAGUUCCUGGGCUUCACCUGGACCUUCAGCCGCCUCAGUGCUAAUCUCAUACUGCAGGGACAGGGUUCUUUGUACAGUGCGUUCAGCUCCUGUGCUCAGGUGCUGUAUUGCUGCCAGGUGCUGGCGGUGCUGGAGGUGGUCAAUGCGGUGCUCGGCCUGGUUAAGACUCCUGUUUUUCCUGCCAUGAUCCAGGUGAUGGGGAGAAACGUGAUUCUGUUUGUUGUUUUCGGGAGUUUGACAGAGAUGCAGGGCCGAAGUGUGGCAUUCUACGUUUUCUACCUGUGGAGCUCCGUGGAGGUUUUCAGGUGUCCUUUUUACAUGCUGACAGUAAUUGGUAAGGAGUGGAGGACGCUGUCGUGGCUCUGGCCCGCUGUGUGGGUGCUGCUGUAUCCUCUGACCACUGUGGCAGAAGCUGUAGCUGUGCUCCAGGCUCUGCCUGUGUUUGAUGAGACUGGGCUCUUCAGUGUUCCUCUCCCUGAGACUGUGGGCUUCUACAUCAGUUUCUCCUUCUCUCUCAGACUCUACCUCCUCCUCACGCUCUUCGGGCUCUUCAUAAAUAUGAGGCACCUGCUGAGUCAGAGACGAAGAUGUUUACGACUGAGACGUGACUGAGGUUUGAUCCACACACUGAUUUUAGUGUUGCUUUCAAGCCCACAGGGUCAUUUUCUGAUGGUAAUAUGGUGAUAGACAGUAUUUCUUGGUGAAUACAGACCUGCUGGAGGAACAUGUGUCUAAUAACAUUCACUGAUAUGUCUGUAUUGAUUUAAA